AGAUGUGACUGAGUGUGGGUGGGUUUGUGUUAUGGCCAGUAGAGAUUUGGAAGUGCUCGAGUUAAAGCCACCUACUACUUGCACUGCAAAUAAUUAUGAUAUUAAACGCUUUAAUAUAAAUGACUUAUCUUACAAUGAUUUCUAUUGGCAAUAUAUGGAAAGAAAUUAUCCAGUUAUACUAACGGAUGUUUCAACACAAUGGGAAUGCCGUCGUAAUUGGAUUAAAGACAUUACACAAGAGUUAACACUAACAAAUAACAUCGAUAAUCAAUUUGUACCACCUACAGCAGCUGCCAAUACAAUUAACUAUGACUACCUCAGGGAAAAAAUUGGCAAUUGUCAAGUACCCGUGGCAAAUUGCAAUCGAGAAUACUUUGAUAGCCAUGCCAAGUGUGAAAUGUCAUUUUAUGAUUUUCUCCAGUACUGGCAAGAAAGGCAAGGAGACUUGUUGGCUGAUGAAAAAACAUCGACGGAAUUAAGUAAUAUUGAUAAUAAGACUAAAACCACCGGAGAAUUACUCUACCUCAAGGAUUGGCAUUUGAAGGCUCAAAAUGCUGACUAUGAUUUUUAUAAAGUUCCUAAAUAUUUUGCCUCCGAUUGGUUAAAUGAACAUUUGAUGGCGACAGAAAGUGAUGAUUAUCGUUUUGUUUAUAUGGGACCAAAAGAUACAUGGACGCCUUUUCACUCCGAUGUUUUUGGCUCAUUUAGCUGGUCUACAAAUAUAAUGGGCAUUAAGAAAUGGUUACUCCUACCUCCCGGAGAAGAACUAAAACUCUCCGAUUCUCUGGGCAACUUACCGUUUGUCAUUAACGAGGAUAUGCUAGAACAUAAAUAUGUUAAAUAUUUUACGUUAAUGCAAAAAGAAAACGAAUCUUUAUUUGUGCCCAGUGGAUGGUAUCACCAAGUAUGGAAUGUAACCGAUACCAUAUCAGUAAAUCAUAAUUGGUUCAAUGCCUGUAAUCUACAACGUAUUUGGAACAAUCUCAACCAUCAAAUGGAGAAAGUUGUCAAAGAAAUCGAUGAUUGCCGGCAAAUGGACAAUUUUAUGGAACACUGUCAAAUGAUGUUGCGUGCCAGUUUUGGUCUGAACUACCUCGACUUUUUACAACUAUUGGAAUGUAUAGCAAAAAGACGUUUAAGCAAAUUUAAUAACAAUACUGCCAUAACCAUGUCCUCAUUGUCAUCAACAUCAUCACCACAAACAAUGUGUUCAUUCGAUACGGCAACGUCUUCCCAUCUAAUAUUUUUUGAUAAUUUUACACCCAAUGAUUAUCACGUACAUCAUGAUUUAGAGCGAAUUUCGCAAGUAAUUGAAUUAAUGUUGCAGGAUUCAACAAUUUGUGACGAUCGUACAGUUUUAUAUCGUAAAUGUAUACAUUUAAGGGAAUUAGUAUCAUCGGCAUUAUCAUUAAGUCUGAAUGAAAAAAAUAUAUCAUCAUAGUCAGGGAAUGCUUGAUAUUAAGUAGUUUUCAUAAGACUAUUUUUAUUUAUUAACUUUUAUUGUGACUUUGCUACCCAUUACUAAAUAUUUUGUAAAAAUAUAUGUUUUACAUUAUAUGUAGUUUUUUAUAAAAUUAUAAAUUAUUUAUUAAUUAAAAAUGUAAUUUUUAGUAAUGGGUACAUUUCUAUAGUUUAAAAUUAAGUAAGUAAAUAAUUUAAAAUCAAUAAAAAUGCAAAUAUUUUUAUACCAAUAAAA